UGUCUUGCCCCAGCCCGAUCAGCUGAUUCUUCAUAAAACCCAAACCACAACUCCCUCCCCCCAACCUCAACCAGCUUGCCUUGAAGAAGCAGGGUCGAUUAGACCAUUUGAUGCACACACUCGUGCAAAGGGAGGGGAAGGGGCGUCUUUGCAGACAAAGCUGCCGAGUGAGCAAGUAGCUGCCUGCCAUGUCGGACGACGCUGAGAAGAACGAGGCUCCCCCAGAACAGGAGCAGCAAGGGAAGGAGGAGGAGAAGCAGGAGCAGGGGAAGCCUGAGGAUCAUGCCCAGGAGGAGGAGGAGGAGGAGGGGAAGCCUGAGGAGCAGCCCAAGCCGCAGUCCCCACCCAAGAGCCCCAAAGGCCCAGAGACCCCCGCAUCGCCUGUGAUGGUGACGGUGACCAUUGAGGAGGAGACGGUGGGGGAGCCGCAGGAGAAUGGGGACCCCCCGGGGAUUAGGGCUGGCUCAGCUGAGGAGAUAGGGACCACCCCGGCCCCACCCACUAGCCCCCCAGCCCGCUCCAAGUCGGCGUCGUUGAAUGACCUGAAGCCUCAGAACAGCAUCAAUGGCGGCCCAAGGGCUGUCGUGAGGGGCAGUUUGUCCGGGUCUCAGGUGCACUUAGCGGGAUCCGCGGGAUCUCCGCGGGCCAGCCUGAGCCGGCAGGCUUCUGCAACAGGAUCAGCAGCUGGUGAAGCUGGGGAGAAACCCAGAGACUACAUAUUCAUUGCUGCCCUCUCCUGUUUCUGCCCAAUCUGGCCUAUCAACAUCGUCGCCUUUGUGUAUUCUGUCAUGUCCCGGAACAGCUUCCAGCAAGGAGACAUUGACGGCGCACGGCGCCUGGGACGGGUAGCAAAGCUGCUGAGCAUUGUCGCGUUGGUCGGGGGGGUGCUCAUCAUCGUGGCAUCUUGCGCCAUCAACUUCGGAGUGUUCCAGUGAAGGCGGCACUCAACUUGCCACUUCAUCCCUAGCACCGAAACGUUCAUCUUUGGAGCUGGGAGCCAGCAUGAGUACAGAACAUCCAUCCCAUGUCCCCAUCCAUCUCUGAACCAUGCAAAAACAGGAGCACAAGAACGGAGAUGAGAGAGAGAAAGAGAGAGGGACACGAGAGAGCGAAACUGAGAGAAACAACGUCUUUGUUAUGCUUGCAUGUGUCCCAUCCUUCUAGGGAUUUUAGCUAGCCAAAAAUAAGGUGAAACAGGAGAAAGAAAACAAAAGUUAGAUGGGGAGGUAUUCUCAUCUCCUCUUUCCUCUCCGCCAUUUUCUCCCUCUCUCUGCACUCUCUCUCACUCUCCUUCCAUCCAUCCAGUCAUCUGUUCAACCAAUGACCCAUCUGCCCAUCUUCCAUCCACUGCCAAAUUUCGACAGCAAAUAAAACUCUUUCGAUAUUCCAUGUUUACAAGAACCUGCCGGAGAAAAGCUCUUUUUCCCCACCCCCCUGGGAAGGAGGUGGGGAGCAUGUUUACAUGUUUGCUGGGAACAAAUGAACAGAACCAGCAGCAGCAAGAGAGGAAACACUUCUUAGGUCUCCUGCUCUCAUCCGUCGUGUUUACAAAGACAGCAAGCAGGAACAAGCAGGGAAGAGCCCACCAGAGCCCACUGAGCGUUUUGCAGGUGGGAGUUUGUUGCAGUGAGUUAACUGUUGCGUCAGAGGAGGUUUGCUAACAAGGAGGCCAAAGCUGCCUGGAUUUGGUGGCAACACACACACAUAGGCGUGGAGGUUGGCUUGUAUAACCGAAUCCAUCACCCAGCCACUCAACAGGAAAGAGAACGGCAGUGAAAUUUAUGGUAUUGGCUGGAGAAAUGAAUAAAAUCAAUGUUGAGGGAAUACAGCACUGAGCAAAAUGAUUCUAACAAAUGGGACCGGUGGAAGUUGGAGCGUGAAAGUGGAAAUUGUGGAAGAGGCAAUGGAGGAGAAAGAAGGAGCCAAGGGCCUUGCAAAGAAGGGAACAGACUGGUAAGAGUGGUGGUGGGUUUUAUGGGGGGGGGGAGAGGUGACACUACUCUCCAAGAUGAAGGCGCAAGUACAAAAGAGGAAGAAGGAAAAAAGGGCAGCUCAAGAAGUUGGAAGAAUGGCAAAUGAGCCAAGAGGGGAACAAAAACCCACCAGUCAUGAAGGAAUAGAACUGGUACUGCUGCAUUUUUACAUGAGAAAGUUGCUGGAAUGAAUGAAACUGGGAAGGAUAGAGAACAGUAUUAGUAGGCACCCCAUUCAGAAGAAAAGAGAGCAUGGGCCAAGGUAUCUCUUUUUCCUCUAGAAGUCCAGUUGCUGGUAUUAGAGCAGGGCCACAGGGUGUUGGGUUGCAUAGGGUUCUUCAGCAGGGAAAAGGAAAGCAGAACAUGGGUCUAAACGGAAGCAGGAAAAGGCAGGAUGUCUAGCCGUUUCCAGAGGGGUAGCCUUGUUAGUCUGUUGCAGCAAAUACAACAGAAGAGGUCUGUGGCCCCUUAAGAGAAUAAUGGUGUCUUGUGGCUUAAGCUGUCAUGUACAGAUGAAUCAAGUGGUAACCUGAGUUUGCAGGCUCAUCUAAAUGGCGGGGUGAGGAGUGAGGUCAGAGCGAAACAUAAUGCAAAAAGGUCAGAUUGUGACAAUGACGUAAAAUGUAGGCAAACUAGUUGACAAAGUAGUAUUGAUAAUAACACAGGCACCCUGACCUUGGUAAGCCAAUUAAUACACGUAGCUUACCCAUGCCAGGAUUCAGGUGUUACCAUCAACACAGCUUUGAUGAUGCAUUUAUUUGGGCAUUGACAGCUGUCACAGUCUGUACUUUUUCAGCAGAUUUUCCUCCGAUCUUGCUCAUCUUUGUCUACCCUCUCCUGUCUCCCAAUUAUGUAUACUCCAUUCUUCUGAUAAGGUAGACUCUAGUCUACAGAAGCUUAUGCAGCAAUAAAUUAGUCUUCAAGGUGAAACAAUGCUCAGUUGUGUUUACAUUUUCAGAGAAGCGGGGAUGCCUACACAUGGCAUUUCGAA